CGUCCCCAUUGAUCUCUGACCUUGCCAGGAGGCUGCGCAGUUGGGUUGGGGCGAGCGCAUGUGUCUGGUUGAACGGUCGGUCGGUAGGUAGGCAGGUUUGAAUUUCGCCAGAAGACAUGGUGCUGAAGAAGAAGAAGCAGCGGCGGCCGGAUAGACGCCGGAAACCCCGGGCCCGCAAUCAGCCCCGCCAUCGCGACGUGGAUGUCGAUGUGGAGAGUGACGGUGGCGAGUUCCAGUUGGCCCCUUUAACCGAGGAGGAUGACACCGUGGCCAAGCACAAUACAAGAUGUUUACCAAGCUUUCCUUCACAUGAUUGUCCAUCAGACGUAGAACCAGACACCAGAGAAAUGGUCCGGCAGCAGAAUAGAAAGAAGAAGUCGGGAGGCUUUCAGUCCAUGGGUUUAAGCUUUCCUGUUUUUAAAGGCAUAAUGAAGAAAGGAUACAAAGUACCAACGCCGAUUCAGAGAAAGACUAUCCCCGUAAUAUUGGAUGGUAAGGAUGUCGUUGCAAUGGCACGAACAGGUAGCGGUAAGACAGCAGCAUUCCUUAUUCCAUUGUUUGAACGACUGAAGGUGCGCAAUGCUCAGUCAGGAGCAAGAGCUUUAAUCCUUACUCCAACCAGAGAACUGGCGUUACAAACCAUGAAGUUCACAAAAGAGCUUGGAAGGUUUUGUGGCUUCAAAACAGCUUUAAUCUUGGGUGGAGACAAAAUGGAGGAUCAGUUUGAAGCACUGCACGAAAAUCCUGACAUAAUAAUUGGCACACCGGGUCGUUUAAUGCAUGUAGUUGUGGAAAUGAACUUAAAGCUGCAAAACGUUGAAUAUGUAGUCUUUGACGAAGCAGACAGAUUAUUUGAGAUGGGGUUUGCAGAGCACUUGCAAGAGAUUAUCCGAAGACUGCCAGACUCGAGACAGACAUUGCUGUUUUCAGCCACACUGCCUAAGCAAUUAGUGGAGUUUGCACGUGCUGGUUUGACAGAGCCAGUUCUAAUUCGACUGGAUGUGGACACUAAGCUGAAUGAUCAGUUGCAGAUGGCAUUUUUCCACGUACGGUCUGAUGAUAAAGCUGCCGUUCUACUUCACUUGAUGAGAAAUAUAAUAAAACCUCAAGAGCAGACUGUUAUAUUUGUUGCUACCAAACAUCAUGUGGAAUAUUUGAAAGAGAUCAUCACCAGACAGGGUAUUGACUGUUCAUACAGCUACAGUGCUCUUGACCAAACAGCAAGAAAAAUCAACAUUGGGAAAUUUGUCCACAGAAAGUGUAUGGUGAUGAUCGUCACUGACGUUGCAGCUCGUGGUAUUGAUAUUCCCAUGUUAGACAAUGUUAUAAACUACAACUUUCCAUCCAAAGCAAAGCUUUUCUUACAUAGAGUAGGUCGAGUAGCCAGAGCUGGGAGAAGUGGCACAGCUUACUCAUUGGUAGCCCUGGAUGAAAUUCCAUAUGUUUACGAUUUACAUUUGUUUCUUGGGCGACCCCUCAAAUUUGCAAGCCAAGCUGAGGAUUCUGAAGAAACAAGUGGAAUAUAUGGCAAGGUACCCCAGAAUACCAUAGAUGAUGAGGAAUCACUACUUACAGCAGACCAUAAGGCUUCACUAGAUCUUCAGAACCUAAAAAGAGUGUCUGAGAAUGCUUACAUGCAGUACCUGAAGUCACGACCAAAUCCUUCUCCAGAAUCAAUUAAAAGGGUUAGAGAAAUGGACUUUUCAACACUGGGGAUUCAUCCAUUAUUUGGUGUGAACAUAAAAGAUGCAGAACUUCAAAGACUAAAAAUUAUUGACAGUAUCAAAAACUACAAAGCAAAAUCUACCAUAUUUGAAGUCAAUUCUACAAAUAAAACAACUGCAAGUGAGAUCAUGAGGGUGACGCGAAAUAAGCAGAGACAGGUUAUAAACAAAUUUCAACAAUUAAAGGAAGAAAAGCAAGCAGCUGCAUCUAAGAACAUGCCAAACCGGAUGGAAGCAGAUCUCCCUGAUGAAGAAAGCAUUGAGACUGUCUUCUCUGAAGUUAUGGGGAGAAAAAGGAAAAGUAAACAACCAACAGAUAAUUUUCCCAAAAAGAAGAAAGAAUGUGAGCGGGAUGAGGAAUUUUAUAUCCCCCACCGACCUAAAGAUUUUGAUUCUGAGAGAGGAUUAAGUUUAAGUGGGGAAGGUACAUCCUUUGAACAGCAGGCAUCUGGAGCUGUUUUAGAUUUGAUGGGUGAUGAAACACAAGAUAUGCAAAAGAAGAAACAAAUGCUAAAGUGGGACCGUAAAAAGAAGCGAUUUAUCAGAGACACGAGCCAGGAAAAUAAGAAAAUAAAGACUGAAAGUGGAAGAUAUAUCAGUGCUUCUUACAAGAAAAACAUCUAUGAGGAAUGGAAGAAGAAGUACAAGAUUGAUGAAAGAGUAUCCGAUGAUGAAGCUGAAAAUGAGCAAAGGAAUUACAGGAAGAAAGGUAGCCAUGGUGGACGAGGAAACUCUCGUUACUUCCAAAGAAAACAAGGGCAACAGCACGGAGCGCGUUCAGAGUUGAAGACCAAAGCUGAAAUCCUUAAAAAUAGAAAGAAAAAAGAAAAACUGCAGUUCCUACAACGGGGAGGGAUGAAGAAACUGAAGCUUAAGAAUCGCCAACGUGUAAGAGAAAUGAAGAGCAUGGCCUUUGGUAGAGGCAAGGGGAAAAUGCGGAAAAAAAUGUAAUUCAUAAUGCCAAAUAGUCACCUACAGCAUUGGACUAUACAGUGACGUGCUGCAGGCUAACGUCACUUAAAGAUACUUUUCAUUUGUUGUUACUUAUGCAGACUAUUGAAUGAAUAUUUAUUCAGGAGGAAAGGGGAGGUAACAGUGCCUUGAACAUAUUGACUUUUGUUGGAUUGUAUGUGCUAGAACAUUAAGGUUCAUUUGUAAUUGUAAUUAAACUUGUUUUGUACAAUAGUGUCUUGAAGAUCACUGUCAUCACUGAAAUAUUCCAGAUAAAAACCAUAUGCUAAAGACCGAGGAAAUUAAUUUUAAAAAAAACCUAGUUCAGCAUAAUAUUUUAAAUCUAUUUGUAAAAUUUAUACCUUCUGUCAAUACUAUAUAAUCCUUUGAAUGAGGAGUGAAUUUAUUUUAAACAUUUCAUCAUUAAAAUUAAAAUGGUCUCAUUUAGAUAAUGAGCAUUCUAAAUACUAUCAUAAACCACACUGUGAAAAAUAAAUUUCUGCUGUGUAUUGCACAAAUGUUUCAUUAAAAUUUUGUAGCAGUACAAAACUGUAAUUAA